AUUUAUUUCUUCUACAAAAGGCCAUCCAUUUCUCUCCUCCUCUUCAUUGCAUCAUAUACUUGAUCUUACUCAAGUGUUUCAGCAAUCCUUGAGUAUUUUCUCAUUGAGAAAUCUGUUCCCUCACUUGUUGAAAAAUGAGAGAAAUCUUGCACAUUCAAGCUGGUCAAUGUGGGAACCAAAUUGGAGGAAAGUUUUGGGAGGUUAUGUGUGACGAACAUGGGAUAGAUGCCACUGGAAAUUAUGUUGGAAAGUCUCAUCUUCAACUUGAAAGGGUGAACGUGUACUACAAUGAAGCGAGUGGGGGACGCUAUGUCCCUCGAGCGGUGCUCAUGGACCUUGAGCCAGGAACCAUGGACAGCUUGCGUUCUGGUCCUUUUGGAAAGAUCUUUAGGCCUGAUAACUUCGUGUUUGGUCAGAACGGUGCUGGUAACAACUGGGCUAAAGGCCAUUACACAGAGGGAGCAGAGCUUAUUGAUUCUGUUCUUGAUGUUGUUCGCAAAGAAGCUGAGAAUUGCGAUUGCUUGCAAGGGUUCCAAGUGUGUCAUUCGCUGGGAGGAGGAACGGGAUCAGGAAUGGGGACGUUGCUGAUAUCGAAGAUCAGAGAAGAGUACCCUGAUCGGAUGAUGUUGACAUUCUCUGUGUUCCCAUCUCCAAAGGUUUCAGACACGGUGGUCGAACCCUAUAACGCCACACUCUCCGUUCAUCAAUUGGUUGAGAAUGCCGACGAGUGCAUGGUCCUUGAUAAUGAGGCACUCUAUGAUAUCUGCUUCCGCACCCUCAAGCUCACUAACCCAAGCUUUGGCGAUCUGAACCAUUUGAUCUCAACAACGAUGAGUGGAGUGACAUGCUGCCUCCGGUUCCCAGGUCAACUCAACUCCGAUCUGCGAAAACUGGCGGUGAACCUCAUCCCGUUCCCGCGGCUCCACUUCUUCAUGGUUGGUUUCGCGCCUUUGACGUCGCGAGGGUCGCAGCAGUACAGAGCACUCACCAUACCGGAGCUGACUCAGCAAAUGUGGGACGCAAGAAACAUGAUGUGUGCCGCAGAUCCCAGACACGGAAGGUACCUAACGGCGUCCGCCAUGUUCCGCGGCAAGAUGAGCACUAAAGAAGUGGAUGAACAAAUGAUCAAUGUGCAGAACAAGAACUCCUCCUACUUUGUCGAGUGGAUACCAAACAAUGUCAAGUCCAGCGUGUGUGACAUCCCUCCUACUGGUUUGUCAAUGUCCUCAACUUUCAUGGGGAAUUCCACUUCCAUUCAAGAGAUGUUUAGGCGCGUGUCGGAGCAGUUUACGGUUAUGUUCAAGAGGAAGGCUUUCUUGCAUUGGUACACUGGUGAGGGCAUGGAUGAGAUGGAGUUCACCGAGGCUGAGAGCAAUAUGAAUGAUUUGGUUGCUGAGUAUCAGCAGUAUCAAGAUGCAGCUGCUAUAGAUGAUGAUGAAGAGGAGUUUGAUGAAGAUGAAGGACUAGCUGCAUGAGAAGAAUGAGGUCAUGAAGGCUCAUUAAUUUGUCAUGGUAAUUUAUAGUAUACUCUCUAUAUGGUUAUGCUUAUGGUUAUGGCAUGGUGAAAAUUAGGAGGAAGUGGUGGUGGUGUUAUGUGUAUUUAUUAUAUCGCUGCUGGGGUUGGCAUUCAUAAAGUUGAAAGGUACAUAUGAUUUGGACCAUGUAUUUGUUACAUAUAAAUGUGAGUGGUUUCCUAGUUUAUGUGAAUUUCCUUCCCACAAGUUCAACUCGAUGCGGCUUUUUCAGUUUGGUAUUUAUGCAGAUUUCUUUUUCUUCUUCUUGAAUUUGCUGUGGGUUUUGUUUGCUUUAUAAAUUGGUAAUGAACACUUGCCUUUUUUCCCUCUC